AUGGAUACAGUUAGAACUAUUUUCACAAACACAUAUCCGUACCCACACGAGCAUUCGCGCCAUGCUGUCAUUGCUGUUAUCGUGGGUUGUGUAUUUUUCAUAUCUUCAGAUAAUAUGCACACUCUCGUUCAAAAGUUAGACAGCAAUGUUAAAUGGUGGUCCAUGUACGCCUGUCUCCUCGGGUUCUUCUAUUUCUUCUCUUCUCCUUUCAUAGGAAAAACAAUUAAACCUAGUUAUUCCAACUUUAGCCGCUGGUAUAUUGCCUGGAUAUUGGUGGCUGCACUUUACCAUCUUCCCAGUUUCCAGUCGAUGGGAGUCGACAUGAGAAUGAACCUCUCUCUGUUUUUAACAAUAUACGUCUCGUCUGUAUUGUUUCUUCUUAUUUUUCAUUUGGUAUUCAUAGGCCUGUGGUAUAUCGGUAUUGUGGCCCAUGUGGCUGGAAGGAGGCCUUCGAUCCUCACGAUUCUCCAAAAUUGUGCCGUUAUAAGUGUGGCGUGCUGUGUGUUUUAUAGCCACUGCGGCAAUCUUGCUAUUAUAAGAGAUGAGACAUUUGAAAAAUGGCAAUGGGGCUGGCUGAGGUUAUGGAAAAAGGAACAGAGGAGCUCGUGGAUCGCGAAAUUCGUCCGCAUGAAUGAGUUUAAACAUCAAGUGUGUAAUUCUUGGUUUGCCCCUGUUGGUUCAGCUAGCGACUAUCCACUUUUGUCCAAAUGGGUUAUUUAUGGCGAGUUGACUUGUAGUGGCGUCUCAUGCGCGGAAUCACCUGAUGAAAUUUCACCUAUAUAUUCAUUGUGGGCCACCUUUAUAGGACUCUAUAUUGCAAAUUACGUUGUGGGAAGGUCGACAGGAUGGGCACUUACACACCCCGUGUCACAAAAAGAAUCUGAGAAAUUGAAGAAAAAGCAAAUGACGCCCGACUUUUUGGAUAUGGUGCCUUGGUACUCUGGGACAUCUGCUGAUUUAUUCAAGACAGUUUUUGACCUGAUGGUGUCAGUAACUGUCUUUGUCGGGCGUUUUGACAUGCGCAUGAUGCAGGCUGCAAUGAGCAGGGUUGAGGAUGCAAGUUCCAUUAAACAGGACGAUCUUUUUUACGACCAGUUUAGUGAACAUGAUGAGCUGUGGUUUGAUUUCAUGGCGGACACUGGUGAUGGUGGUAAUUCUUCCUACAGUGUGGCAAGACUUUUAGCUCAACCUUCUAUUCGUGUCAGGAGUAAUAAUUCUCUGGUCACACUUCAGCGUGGUGACCUGCUCCUUAUAGGGGGUGAUCUUGCUUAUCCCAAUCCAUCUUCAUUUACCUAUGAGAGCCGUUUUUUCCGCCCCUUUGAAUAUGCUCUUCAGCCUCCGUUAUGGUACAAGGAGGAGCAUGUAGCCGUAAACAAACCAGAAUUGCCUGGUGGGGUACCUACACUAAGGCGGUAUGAAGGGCCUCAAUGCUUUGUCAUACCAGGAAAUCACGAUUGGUUUGACGGGCUACAGACAUUCAUGCGGUACAUAUGCCACAAGAGCUGGUUAGGUGGGUGGUUUAUGCCCCAGAAGAAAAGUUAUUUCGCCCUUCAGCUGCCAAAAGGAUGGUGGGUUUUCGGUCUCGACCUUGCUUUGCAUUGUGAUAUUGAUGACUAUCAAUUCAAGUUCUUUUUGGAGUUGAUUAAGGAGAAGGUGGGGGAAAAUGAUUCUGUGAUCAUCAUGACCCACGAACCUAAUUGGCUUCUCGAUUGUUACUGGAAUUUAUCAACCGGGAAAAAUAUUUCGUAUCUAAUACGCGACCAUUUAAGAGGCAGGUGUAAGCUCCGAAUCGCCGGGGACUUGCAUCAUUACAUGCGUCAUUCGUACGUUCCAUCACCGGACAAGCCAGUACACGUCCACCAUUUGCUUGUCAAUGGCUGUGGUGGGGCCUUUUUACACCCGACUCACGUCUUUCGUAAUUUUGACAAUUUUUAUGGCACAUCCUAUGAAAGUAAGGCGUCUUAUCCUUCUUUUGAGGACUCGAGCAAGAUUGCUUUAGGAAAUAUAUUGAAGUUUCGCAAGAAAAAUUGGCAGUUUGAUUUCAUUGGUGGCAUUAUAUACUUCGUCUUGGCCUUUUCCAUGUUUCCUCAGUGUAAGCUAGAUCACAUCUUACAGGAUAACACAAUUUGGGGUCACAUAAAGAGGUUUUUAGGCACGAUAUGUGAUGCUUUCAUGUACAUGGUUGCGCACUCGUAUGUAUCAUCAGCCGGUGCUGUCUUCCUGUUAGUCGCGGCUAUCACCUUUGUGCCUUCAAAAGUCUCCCGAAAGAGGAGAUUUUUAAUUGGGUUUCUCCAUUUCUCGGCUCACUUGGUUUCAGCAUUGAUUCUAAUGCUGCUGUUGGAAUUGGGUGUUGAGACGUGUAUCAGGCAUAAACUAUUGGCGACUUCUGGUUACCACACUCUGUACGAAUGGUACAGGUCAGUGGAGAGCGAGCAUUUUCCGGAUCGAACUGGACUUCGUGCACGUAUUGAGCAAUGGACGUUUGGCCUUUAUCCUGCAUGCAUUAAGUAUCUAAUGUCUGCAUUCGAUGUCCCUGAGGUGAUGGCUGUGACGAGGAACAACAUCUGCAAAAACGGGAUGCGCUCCCUCUCGAGAGGUGGGGCCGCCAUAUACUAUGCCUCCAUUUUUCUUUAUUUCUGGGUUUUUUCGACUCCUGUUGUGUCUUUGGUUUUCGGGAGCUAUCUUUAUGUGUGCAUCAACUGGCUCCAUUUGCACUUUGACGAGGCCUUUUCGUCCCUUCGUAUUGCAAAUUACAAGUCCUUCACUCGCUUCCAUAUCAACACCAAAGGCGAUCUCGAGGUUUUCACCCUUGCUGUGGAUAAGGUUCCAAAGGCGUGGAAGGUUGACCCGUGCUGGGAGGGAGAGUCGAAACUAAUACAGAGCCUCAGCUACAGGAGAAGAUUUCCGAGCAAAUGGCGGUCAGUGUCGUCUCAGCAAGACCCUGUCAACACUGUAAGGAUUGUUGACCAUUUUUUUAUUCACCAAACUGAAAUAAAUGAUCAAGGGAUUUGA